AUGAGAAUCCUCAUGAAUUAUUCACAAUCCUUAGUCAAUUCACAAUCCAACCAAACAGUUACUUCGGCUUCACAAUCCUCACAAACGCCUCAUAAUCCUCAGACACUCUCAGUCCUUACAAUCCCCCACACUCCUCACAAUCACCCCAUUCUCCUCACAAUCACCUCACCCUCCUCACAAUCACCCCACACUCCACACAAUCACCUCACACCCCUCACAAUCCUCACAGUCACCCCAUACUCCUCACAAUCACCCCACACUCUUUACAAUCACCCCACACUCCUUACAAUCACCCAUACUCCUCACAAUCACCCCACACUCCCAAAUUUCCCCACACACUCCUCACAAUCCCUUCACACCCCUCAUAAUCCCCCCACACUCCUCACAGUCACCCCACACUCCUCACAAUCCCUUCACACCCCUCACACUCCCCCCACACUCCUCACAGUCACCCCACACUCCUCAAAAUCCCCCACACUCCUCACAAUACCCCACUCUCCUCACAAUCACCCCACACUCCACACAAUCACCCAUACCCCUCACAAUCACCCCACACUCCCAAAUUUCCCCCACACUCCUCACAAUCCCUUCACAACCCACACAAUCACCCCACACUCCUCAAAAUUCCCCACACUCCUCACAAUCCCCCCACACUCCUCAACCCCCACACUCCUCACAAUCACCCCACACUCCUCACAAUCACCCCACACUCCUCACAAUCCCCCCACACUCCUCACAAUCGCCCCACACUCCUCACAACCCCCCCACACUCCUCACAAUCACCCCCAUACUCCUCACAAUCACCCCACACUCCACACAAUCCCCCCCACACUCUUCACAAUCACCUCACACCCUCACAAUCCCCCCACACUCCUCACAAUCCCCCACACUCCUCACAAUUACCUCACAAUCCCCCCACACUCCUCACAAUCACCUCAUUCCCCCACACUCCACACAAUCACCUCACAAACAACCACUUCCACCGAGACAAGAAAAAGGACCGUGUUUUUGAGUUACACAAUAACGCGAA